CGUAUAUAAAAUCCAAUGCCACUUCACUGCUUACUCUUUCCUCUUUCCUCUCUAAAAUCUUUCAGUCUGCAAAUUAAACCCCCUUUCGCUCUCUCUAAUGGCUAUAAUCUCUCUAUCACUCCAUCACUUCAAUUUCUCUCUCUAAAAUUCCUCCGCUCCCUCCCUCUAGGGUUUCAACUUUCACCAUACCUUCUUUGUCCAUCUUUAAUGUGAAUUUUCUCCUCUAAUCAUACUUUUUACUGUUGACGAAAAACUUUUACUUUCCUUUUUCUUUUUUCGCACGCUUGUUUGUGUAUACGUUCUUUUUGGGGGGAUUUAUAAGUUUAGGUUUUAUAUGUAGUGAUUUUUUCGUGAGUUUGGUGAACUCCGAUGUCGUCGUCCGCUGCGCCGUCGUCGGCCACGAAGGUUUGCUUCAACACCAACUGCAAUCAAUUUGUUGAACGGCCGAAGAAAGGUUGGCGCCGUCGCACCGGCGAGUUCGCUGACCUUUGUGAUCGUUGCGCUUCUGCUUAUGAUGAUGGCAAGUUUUGUGAGACUUUUCACCUCAAAACUUCUGGAUGGAGAUCUUGUGAGUCUUGUGGAAAGCAAAUUCAUUGUGGAUGCAUUGUCUCUUUCCAUACAUUCGUUCUGUUGGAUGCUGGAGGUAUUGAGUGCUUAUCCUGUGCAAGGAAAAGUUUUAUUUUGACCCCAAAUCCUGCCUGGCCUCCACCUUCACUUUUCCAUCCUCUGCAGCCUGAAAGAAUUAAAGACGUCAAUAAUUGGAAUCCAAUAGCUGGUUCUGGUCCUGUUCCAUGGAGACAAGCACCAAGUUUAUUUAAUGGUUCCGCCAUUCAAAAUGAGUUGCAGCCCAGGACACCCUUUCUUGAUGCCACAGGCAGCGUCGACAGACUUUGUCUUGGUGAGAGACCGUCUACCUCGUCCUCCGACAACAACAGGAAGGACUCUUGUGAAAAGUUGAUGAAUGGAAAUCUGAAGAUUGGUGUACCAGGAACACUUGAAAAUGGAUAUGCUGGUCUUAAUCAUGAGGAGCCCCCUAAGUCUUGUAUAAGUGGUCCACCACAAUUAUCUUAUGCAAAGAAUGAUCUUUCUGCUCCCAGUUUUUCUUUGACCAUCGGUUCUGCUUGCAAAAAUGAACCAACUGAUCACAGUAAGGUGUCUGUUAGUCUCCAACAACAAACCACACUUUCGACUCCUUUGGGGAAGCAGCUUGGUGGUCAUGCUACAGUGGAUUACGCUGGAGAGACUCAAGUGCGCAAUUCGAAAACCCGUGGAGAUGGGAGAGGAAAGCAUCAUUUACUUCCUCGUUACUGGCCUCGCAUAACGGAUGAAGAGCUACAACAAAUAUCUGGAGACUCAAAUUCUGUAAUUACUCCUUUGUUUGAAAAGAUGCUAAGUGCUAGUGACGCUGGAAGGAUAGGACGGUUAGUAUUGCCGAAGAAAUGUGCUGAGGCCUAUUUUCCACCAAUUUCUAAUCCAGAAGGGCUGCCUCUCAAGGUGCAAGAUCUGAAAGGGAAGGAAUGGAUGUUUCAGUUCAGAUUUUGGCCUAAUAAUAACAGUCGUAUGUAUGUCUUGGAAGGGGUGACUCCUUGUAUACAAUCGAUGCAAUUGCAAGCAGGUGACAUAGUAACAUUCAGUAGGAUAGAGCCAGAAGGAAAGUUGGUCAUGGGGUGCAGAAAGGCCUCAACUACUCUUACAGCAGAUCAGGGAAGUGAAGCUUGCAGUAACAGUAACGGUGUUGUUACAAAUGGGAAUGUCAAUACUAAAAGUACUAAGUUCUCUGAAGUUCUGGCAAAUUCUACUAAAAAAGGCUUUUCAUCAACCACUCAUGUUGCUCCAGCAGAUUCAACAAUUGCCUGGGCUGAAACUAAAAUGUCCGAUGAUAUGGCUAUGGAAUUUUUAGGAAACAAUCGUUCUAUUCGUUGUAAGAGGAAGAGUAGCACCCUGGGUUCAAAAACCAAACGCUUGAGGAUUGACAAUGAGGACUUAGUAGAGCUGAAGGUCACAGUGGUGCAAGCCCAAGGGUUGAUGCGUCCACCUUCGAGUGAUGCUCCUACAGUAAUCGUGAUAGAAGGCUGUGAGUUUGAAGAAUACGAGGUACCAUGUUUUUUAGCAGUUUAUUGUCUACCAAUUCUUGCUGGUUAUAGAUCUGGAUAGAUGAUCAGUUUUCUUUAUUAUGCAUGCUUUAUGGUGUUUGUAAGCACACUCUUGAUUUUUCCAUUCAGAAGAUGUGCAGCUAUCACUUCCUGCUGGAAAUGUAAAUC